GAGGGGAGAAGCGCAAGGACAGUCCCCAGCAGAGUAGAAUAGCGUCUAAACCAUUCGAAAAUAUUGACCAAAAAACUCGGCAAAAAUGAGUAUGUACGGCGGCUCCACGUCGAGACUGGCCACCAUGGGUCAGAGAAGUAAUUCGCGACCGGAUUUGGCGAGUGCGAGUUUUAGAAACGACGGGUUCGUCGGUGGAAACGGCUUCCAGGGGGAUUACCAGGGUGGUGAAGGCGGAUACACCUACACCUUCUCCAGGAGCUCCAUGCAUGGGACUGGGCUCGGUGGACAGAAGGGGCAAGUUAGCAUGGGUGGAGGUGGAGGUGGUGGUGGUGGAAUAAGUGUGCAAGCUAUUCAACAAAAGGCAAUGUUCCUGACAGGCCAGUGUCAGGAAUACCUGCAGAGAGUGAAGAUGAUUCUCCAGAGUGGGGGCCCAGCUGUGGAGGCAGAGAAGCUGAUGAUCAUGGCUACAGAAUCCAUGGAGCAGUUGAAGUCCUGUGGCAGAGAUCUGCAGCAAAUGCGUAUUCCUAAUGACGUCUUCAGAAGUCUAGAUCAGUUCCAGCAUAUGCACAGCGCUCUCCAACAGCAGUUAGGCGGUGGUAUGACCCAAAGACGGAACAGAGGCAGUGUGGGCUCUGCCGAGGGAGGGAGGAUCUUUAACGAUGCCAUGGCCUGGAUCGCCCAACAGAAGCGUAUGAUUGAGACAGCUCCAUGGGGGGAUGACUCAGCCACCAUAGAAAAGCAAAUCAUAAACCACAACAAAACCCACAGCUCUAUCCAAAGGAGCCAGGAAGUAGACCGUGCCAGAGACGAUCUGAACAUGAGGGGUGACAAGUACAACGUCUAUAUUUUGGAACAAGAAUGGGACAGCCUGCAGAAAAUGUCCCACAGCCGUGUAAGUCAGCUGCGUGAGCUUCAAGGCAUCAUCGAGGAGAUCUCUCGUGCCAUCAUGUGGGUAAAUGAGAAGGAGGAAGAGGAGCUGGUGUUUGACUGGGGAGACAAAAACAUUGACAAUUAUAUCCCUAAGAAACAAGAGAGCUACUCAAGGCUGAUGAGAGAUCUGGAGGAGAAGGAGAAGGAGCUAAACAAGCUAAAAGUGAAAGCAGAUGGCCUCUUGAACAACAACCAUUCUGCCUCAGAUAAGAUUGAAGCAUACAUGGACACCUUGCAGACCCAGUGGAGCUGGCUCCUCCAGAUCACUAAGUGUAUCCAUGUUCAUUUGAAGGAGAAUGCUGCCUACAGUCAAUUUUUCAAGGAGGCCAAUGAGACCUAUACGAAGCUGCAGAAGGAGCAUGAGACUAUUCGUAGCAAGUUCUCCUGUGACAAAAACACUUCACUGGAUAACCUUGUUGAACUACUGAAAUACCUGGAGAAAGAGAAGGAGAAAAUCAUGGAGAAUAAGAGGCAGGUCCAAAAUCUGGUCAGCAAGUCUAAGAAUAUUGUUAGGCUGAAACCUCGCAACCCUGAGGAGAAGAGCACCACCCCCGUCAUAGUCCAGGCCUUAUGUGACUUCAAACAAGACCAGAAAGGGAUAUUGAAAGGGAAUGAAGGCAUACUGAAGGAUAACUCACAGCGCAGCAAGUGGCUUGUGACAGGACCUGGAGGUCUGGACAUGUUGAUUCCCUCUGUGUGUCUGCUGAUCCCCCCACCAAACCCUCUCAGCAUCGGCCUCGCCAACAAGAAUGAGCAGUAUUAUGAAGCCAUCAUGGGCAUCUGGAAUCAGCUCUACAUCAACAUCAAGAGUCUCAUCUCAUGGCAGUAUUGCGUCAAAGACAUUGGUUACAUCAACUCUCUCACUGUCAGCAUGCUGUCUAAGAUGCGCCCUGAGGAGUACCGCAGUGUCAUCAAAAGACUGGAGACUCACUACCAAGAGUUCCUGCGUACCAGCCAAGGUUCUGAGCUGUUUGGGGAAGACGACAAGAAAACCAUGCAGAGCCAUAUGGAUAAUGCCCAGACCCACUAUGACACACUGAUUAUCCAGCUGCCUGCUUUCAAGGAAGAUGGGGUGAAGCAAGAACCCCCAAAACAGGAUUCAAACAAGGCCUCGACUUCAAAGGUUUCCAAGACCACUGUCAAGGUCAUUAACCAGACUGCCCCACCCAGUUCUACCAUCAGCCUCACCCUGCUUAGUAGUCUGCAAGAACUUCGACGCAAGCUGGAGCUGGCUGAGUCUGGGCUCACCAGUCAUCUCCACAUUCCCCUGGGGGAAAACAGUGUGCAUGAGUGCUCAAUGCACAUUCAGAAGCUGCAGACUGUGCACCAACAUUUGGACUCAAUACAUGAUGAGUACCUGCGGAUAAGGGAAAAUAUUAUAAAGCAGCUAGAGGGGAUACCUGCAGACUCCGAGCAGGCCAAGUUUCUCCGCUCUGAACUGGAAAUCAUCAACCAAAAACUGGGAGGCCUGCAGAGUCUUUACUCAGCCUACCUUCAGCGACUGUCUGCUCUAAAGGCCUUGCUCCAGAGCCUUCUCCAAGCCGAGGAUAUCGUUAAAGUCCAUGAGGCUCGUCUGACAGAGAAGGAAACCACCUCUCUGGACCUCCGGGAAUUGGAUAACUAUCGGAGCACACUAAAGCAAAUGAAGAGUGAUAUGGAGCAAAAAAGAGACUUGCUGACAGCUAUGGAGUCUGACCUAGCUAAAGCAAUGCACUGGAACAGUCAAGUCUCAGAGCCUUUCCAUAAGUGUGACGUGGACUUGUCCAAGUACUCAGACCUGGUGGGUCAAAUGUCUGACCGCUGGCGACGCAUCCAAACCCAGAUUGAUAGCAGACUGUGGGACUUGGAGAAACAAGAGAAACAGCUGAAGCAUUAUCAGCAGAGCAGCACUUCCGUGCAACAGUGGAUAGACAAUGCCAGGAAGCGCCAGGACAACCUCCAGACGGUUAAGCUCACUGACAUCCAGACCCUAAUGGACCACCUUAACCAACAGAAGGCGCUUCACACUGAAAUUAAAGGGAAGAAGGAAAAAGUAGAAGAUGUGCAUAAAAAUGCAGAUACCUGUGCUGCCUCCAUAAAGGACUAUGAGCUGCAGCUGGCUUCCUACAGUUCUGGUUUGGAAACUCUGCUUAAUAUUCCUAUCAAGAGAACUAUGCUGCAGUCACCUGCUUCUGUGGUCAGACAGGAGGCGGCUGACCUCCAGUCCCAGUACAUAGAGCUACUUACUCGCUCAAGUGACUACUACAAGUUUUUAGGGGAGUUGCUGAAGAACAUGGAAGAGCUGAAGAUCAGGAACACAAAGAUUGAGAUGCUGGAGGAAGAACUGAGGCGUCUUAAGGAGGACCUCCAGGAUCGUAACCAGAAAAACAAAUCUCUGGAGGAUACUUUGGCCCGCUACAAGCUGGAGCUCACUCAGUCAAAAGACCAGCUCAUUUCUAUGGAGGAAGUGAAAAGAACCACAGCAAUGCAAGCCAACUCUGCCAAGGAAAGCCUGGGCAAUACACAGAGCCAGAUUCAAGAUCUUAUGGACCAGCUGACGCGCAUUAAAUACCAGCUGGAUGAGGAAAAGAGGAAAAGAAGGCUAGCAGAGGAGCGCUACACCAGCCAACAAGAAGAGUAUGAGGCGGCUGUCCGCCGCAGACAGAAAGAACUGGAAGAGCUUAACUGGAACAAGAUUGACUUGGAAAAGGCUGUGAAGGACAAGGAACGUGAAGUGGACAGGAUGAAGAUAUUGCUAGAGGAGGAAGCAGCACGUCGACGAAAUGCUGAAUCAGAUAUCUCAAAGGUAAGAACACAGUGCAUCCAAGAAAUUAAUCAGCUUAAACAGACACAUGAGACAGAGAUCAACGUUAACAAGACUAUGACCCUGAAAGUCUCACAAGAGAAAGAAGAAUGCACUGGAGAACUGAGACUGCAAUGUGACAGACUCACUGCUGAGAAAAGAGAUCUAGAAGAGGAGCUGAGGAGACUGAGACAGUCAGUUGCUCACACUGAAGACCAGAAAAACAGAGCAGAGCAGGAGAUCAGCCAGCAGAGGGCCUCAGUGACCAAAGAGACAAGGAUUCGCAGUGAGCUGGAGGUGCAACUGAGAACACUCAUACAGCAUAAAGGAGAGGAUGAUCUCAAACUAAAGGAGGCCCUCACAAACAAUCAGGAAAAGAGUAGGCAGAUCAGCAUGCUAACAUUUAACCUGGAGGAGGACGGGAAGAAGAGGAAAGCUCUAGAACUGGAAAUCAGUCAGAUGAAACAGGCUAUGUCAGAACUGAAGGCAAAGAACACCUCCUAUCUGGAGGCAGUCAACAAGCUUAAAGUGUCUGAGCAGGAGAUUCGCAUCACCAAAGUGGAGCUGGAGAAGCAGACCAGUGAGAAAACCAAGGCUGAGCAGAGUUAUGUCAGGCUGCAGAGCCGUAUCCGGGAACUUCAGUGCUCCCUCGAUGGGAUGGAAGCUGAGUUGGAGAAACAAAAGAAAGCAACCCAGGAGGAGUUUACACGUAGAAAGAGAAUGGAGGCAGAGUUGGAGAGGAUGACACACACCUGCAAAGAGCACACCACCACAAUUAGCACCCUGAAAUCUAUCCAGAUAGAGUCUUCCACCUCUGGUAGGAAGUAUGAGCAGGACCUCAGGGCCCUCCAGGAGGCCCUGGACAAGAGCCUAAGGGAGCAUAAAGUCACCAAGGAGGAACUGGCAACAGUGACUGCUGAGCUGAAGCUACUAAAACAGAAGCUCCAGCAAGAGCAAGUCCGCAUUCAUGAGCUCAACCAACGUAAUGAGAGUCUGUAUAAGACCAUUGAAGAGAAGAGCCGCCAGCUUAAUGAUUACACUACUGAGAUUGAAAAGCUGAAGACUCUGACACAGAACCUGACAAAGGAGAGACUCCGGUUGGAAGAGGAGCUGAGGGCAGUUAGACAGGAGAGAGAUGAGCUGAAGCUUAGCAAAGACACCAUUGAUGGGGAAAGUGCCACUCAAAUCUCAGCACUGCAUGUCCAGCUUCAGAGUAGCAACAAGAGGACAGCAGAGCUUCAGGCUCUCAUCAAUGACCUGACCAAGGAGAGAGAAAAGCUUAAAGUGGAAAUAGACAAAUUCCAAAAGCAAUCCAUUGAGACAUCCAUGAUUGUGCAUGAUUCCCAAAGCCAAUACAGUGAGCUGUUGCUGGAGAGGGACAGUUUGCUAUCCAAGCUUAAACUGCUGGAGCAGGACAAGAACCGUAAUCAGCGCCUAGAAGAGGAGCUCACCCGCAUCAGGCUCACACUUGAGACUGAACAACGCAACAAACAGCGCCUACAGGAUGAAAAAAAUGCCCUCCAAAAGGAUUUCACGUACAUGAAGAGCCAGUAUGAGCUGAAAGAUAGCCAGAUUAGGCAGAGUGACUCAGACAGGGACAGAGCUGAACGCGAGAGGCUCUCCCUGAAGAAUGAGAUAGAGAAGCUUGUGAGGGAGCUAAAGAAUGUUGAGGAGAGGUACAAGAGCAAGUUGUUGAUCUCUGAAAAGGAAGCAUCAGACCUGGCUCUCAGGAGGGAUGCCCUGGAGAGAGAGAUAAAGAGGCUUCAGCUGAGACCAAACACUUCAUGUAGGCAGACCCAGACAGAUGAGACGGUCCCAACAGUUGAUCCUUCCAAGCUGAUAUUUGAUGGGGUACGCCGCAAAGUCACAGCCCACCAGCUUUGUGACUGUGGUAUAAUCAGCAAAGCCACCCUAGACCGGCUCCUAAAGGGAAAAAAAACAGUGGAUGAGGUUGCUGUGGAAAUCCAACUCAGUCUCAAGGGUACUGGCAUUAUUGCUGGCAUGAAAACUGGUUCCCAAGGGAAAAUGCCAUUCACUGAAGCCAAAAACAAGAACCUCCUCAGCCCAGAAAGCGCUCUCAUGCUGCUUGAAGCUCAAGCAGCAACAGGCUACAUAGUGGACCCUAAUUUUGAUGAGAAGAUGCCUGUGGAUACUGCCUGUUCCAGAGGGAUUGUGGAGACAGAAGACAGAGACACCUUGGUGACAGCUGAAGCAGCAAGCACAGGUUUCAAAGAUCCAUACACUGGCAAAGUGUUAUCUGUGGGCCAGGCUUGCAAACAGGGACGUCUUGACAAAGAAACAGCCAUCCGCUUGCUCCAGGCUCAGGAGUCUGUUGGAGGAAUAUUGGAUCCUGUUCUGAGUGUGUUCCUGCCAAAAGAUCUGGCCUUGGAUCGCAAUCUUAUUGAUGAGGAGCUGUACAGAGCUUUGAACAAAAAACCCACUUGCUACCUGGAUCCAGCAACAGGAGAAAAGAUAAGCUACAGUGAUCUUAGGAAGAAGUGUACAAUGGAACCUGUGUCUGGCUUGCUUCUGCUGUCUGGCCCAGAAAAGGCCAUGACAGUAAAGGGUCUCCGUGGUGAAGUGUCUGUCACAGAGCUUGUCCAAUCUGAACUGCUGGAUGAAACUGACUUGGACAAGAUAAACCAGGGUAAGCUCUCCAGCAAAGAUAUAGAAGACAAGCUGAGGUCCUAUCUCUAUGGCUCGACCUGUAUUGCAGGGAUCUAUGAUGAGGCUAAUGAGAGAAUAUUGCCCUUCUAUCAGGCAAUGAAGGAAGGUCUGCUCAUGAGAGGAACCACCUUGGAGCUUCUUGAGGCCCAAGCCUCAUCUGGCUUCAUUGUUGAUCCAGUGAACAAUGUGUUCUUGACAGUGGAAGAGGCUGCAAAGAGAUGUUUGAUAGGAAAAGAGUUUAAGAAUAAGCUGUUGUCUGCAGAGAAAGCUGUAACUGGAUACACAGACCCAUCCACAGGAAAGAAAAUCUCCCUCUUCCAGGCUAUUGAGAAAGAUCUUAUUGAGAAAGGUCAUGGAAUCCGUCUGCUUGAGGCCCAGAUUGCCAGUGGUGGAAUUAUUGACCCCAAACACAGCCACCGUAUUGAUGUUGCUGUUGCCUAUAAAAGGGGAUAUUUUGAUGAGGAGAUGAAUGAGAUCUUAACCUAUGAAGGAGAUGACACAAAAGGGUUCUUUGACCCUAAUACCAAGGACAACCUGACAUAUCUUCAGCUGAAGGACAGGUGCAUCAAAGAUCCCAAAACAGGCCUGAUACUCCUUCCACUGAGAGACAAGAAGAAACCCCAGAAGUCACAAGAGAGCCGUACCAAUGUCCUUCGCAAGAGGCGAGUUGUGAUUGUUGAUCCAGACACUGGGCUAGAGAUGUCAGUGAGGGAGGCCUAUCACCGGGAGCUCAUUGAUUAUGACACUUUCCUGGACCUGUCAGAGCAAGAGUGUGAGUGGGAGGAAAUAACUAUCAAGGGGUCAGAUGGUGCUGCACAUUUGGUGAUAGUGGAUAGGAAAACAGGAACCCAGUAUGACAUCCAGGACUGCCUGGACUCUGGAAUCAUUGACCAGAAGUCUUUGGAUCAGUAUCGAGCUGGAACUUUAACCUUGACACAGUUUGCCGACAAAAUUACCAGCAGAACCAGCUGCACUGAGAUGACCAUUGCAGCCAGCAAUGUUGAUGAUAUGGUCACCUGCAGCAGUCCCACCCCAUCCUCUCCUACUGUUCGCAAACGCUUCAGUAGUAUUUCUAUAACAGUCUCUCCCCCAGAGAUGUUUGAUGACCUGAGCCCUGUGGCGGCCAUAUUUGACACAGAGACUUUGGAGAAGAUAACUAUUCCAGAGGGACACCGAAGAGGCAUAAUUGAUACUAUUACAGCACAGAGGUUGUUGGAGGCCCAAGCUUGCACCGGGGGCAUUAUAAACCCUGCCACUGGUGAGAGACUGUCGCUGCAGGAUGCUGUACAACAGAGCAUCAUUGACGAAUCCCUGGCCAAUAAGCUGAAACCUGCCCAGAAAGCCUAUGUUGGAUUUGAGGAUGUGAAGACUAAAAGGAAGAUGUCUGCAGCAGAAGCAGUGAAGGAGACAUGGCUGCCUUAUGAGGCUGGCCAGAGAUUUUUGGAGUUUCAGUACCUGACAGGAGGCCUGAUAGAGCCCGGCUCUGGGCAUCGCAUUACCAUUGAGGAGGCUAUCCGCAGAGGUUGGCUAGAUGGUAAAGGGGCUCAGAAGCUUCAGGAUACACACAAUCACCAGAAGAACCUAACUUGUCCCAAGACCAAACUGAAGAUCUCCUACAAGCACGCCAUGGACAGCUGCAUGGUGGAGGAAAGCAAUGGUAUGAAGAUGAUACAGGCCACCUCAAUGUCCACCAAGGGAAUCAGCAGCCCUUACAAUGUCUCUAACCCAGGAUCUCGCUCUGGGUCCAGGCCUGGUUCCCGUACCGGAUCCAGAAGUGGAUCUCGUAGAGGCAGUGUGGAUUACUCAUCUUCUUACACCUAUCGCUUCUCUUCCAGCAACAGCACCACCUAUAGCUCCAACGCUAAUUCUUAAUGCACUACAUAAGAAGCAUAAAUUAAUAUUACAGUUCCUAUGCAAUUUGAGUACUAUUUUAACCGUUUGCUUUUCUAAAACUUUUUUCUGCUACCAAUGAGAAAUCUAUGAAAUGUUUGUUUGAAUACUGAAUCUGAUAUGUGUUUUGGUUGUUUUUAGUUUUUGGUAAUUUGGUGUUUCAUUAUUAACCUUAAUGCUGAGUAUAAUUAAUGCUUAUGUUCUAAUGCAUACAUGUUGAAUGAAUAUAAUUGUCACAGCUCAUUUUAAUAUAUAGCUUUUUUAGAACGUAACAUUUUGUUAUUUUAAAAUAUGCUUGUUGACUUCAGCUUUGGCAUGUACUCAGUUAACUUGGUUAUUUUUUAUUCAUAGUUUAUUUUAGCUUGACUCAUUGUCUUUUAUGUUUUAAAAAAUGUCAAAUGAUAAUUGCAAAUGCUGAUAUUUGGCUUAACAUGAUGGCUUGACAAAGUAAUGAUCAACUUUAAAAAUGAAAUGUUAUUCAUAUGUGGCCUUAAAAAAUGAAUAAAGGUAUAAU